AUGGCUCCUACCGUCUCGCCCUCCGUGCCCAUCGCCGGCGACGACAGGUUCGCCUCCGCCAUCGUCGCCGGCGCCGCGAGCGGAUUCCACGUGCUCAGGAUCGAGGGUUACUCGGGCACCAAGUUUACCAUCCCCAAUGGUGAGCAUGUCGAGUCCCACCCCUUCCGCGUCGCAGGGCACACCUGGACUAUCAGGUACUACCCCAACGGCAACUGCCCGGAGACAGAAGACUACAUCUCCCUCUAUCUCGUCCUCAAGGAAACCAUCGCCAAGCACUUGAUGGUGCAUCUGGUGCUCAGCUUCAUCGACCAAGUGGAUAAGCAAAGGCCGUCUUACGUCCGUGGUCUCAAGCCGGACAGGUUCGACAGUCACGACAGCUGGGGCCGUGAGAAAUUCGUCAAGAGGACGGAGCUGGAGCAGUCAGAGCGCCUCAGGGACGACUGCUUCACGGUUAGGUGCGACAUCAUCGUCUUGAGUGAGCCCCGCGCGGAGGCUGCUAGGCUUAGGCUCCCCGCCAGUUCCUUCGUCACGGUUCCGCCGCCCGACUGGUCGGAGCACUUCCGCGAACUCCUCCUGGGUGGAAAGGGUGCAGAUGUGAGGUUUGUUGUCGGGGGUGAGACGUUUGCGGCGCACCGGUGCGUGCUCGCUGCUCGGUCGCCAGUCUUUGAUGCGAUGCUCUUAGGCCCCAUGAAAGAAGGCACCACAACACAGAAUCAGAACUGCGUACCGGUAACCAUUGAUGGUAUGGUACCUCAGGUGUUCCGAAGCUUGCUGCAUUUCAUUUACACGGACUCGCUGCCACCGGAGACAGAAGGACAAGGUAAUACUGAUGAUGGCGCCACAAUGUCGCAGCAUUUGCUUGAAGCCGCAGACAGGUACGGCAUGCAGAGGCUAAAGCUGAUAUGCGAGGACAGGCUAUGCCGGCACAUUGACGUGACCACGGUAGCGACCACUCUAGCGUUGGCUGACCAGCAUGGCUGCCGAGGGCUUAAGGAGGCCUGCUAUGAGUUCCUCAAGUCAUCGAAAUCGCUGGACGCAGUGAUGGGAACCGAUGGGUUCCAGCAUCUGCCAGCGAACUUGCGGCGGCGGUGGCUGUCGCAGGGUGGGCGCUCUCACAGCCAGCUCUGUCAGUGCUGCACCGUGGCCUUCUUCGCAUCCUCCUCAGCCAGCACGUCCACCAGCUGCUCUCCAGGAGCAGCUAUUGAGCUCAAGGGUCCAUUUGGUAGCUUUGCUGAGGUAAUUUACAGAUACAAUGAGAUGGUUGCUGCUGAAAAUCACAUCGACCUUGCAGCAGUCAACUUGAUGAGUGAGAAUGGAUCUGCUAGGUCAGCUGGAGGGAUGCCAAAUAGCGAAAGUUUGGCAUUACUUGAUGAGGGUCCUGAUGAAGCUGUACAGAAUUCAGGCCGCAGAAGUUGGAGAAGGUCUCCAGUAUGGCAUCUGCAUCCAUUGCAGAUCAAAAUUGGCAUAUCAUCAAUGUAUUGGAAUAUCCUUCAAGGGAUGGUGAAGAGUGCUCAAGUGGUGGAAAAGAAACCAAGAUCAAUAUCCUAUACUAGCUAA